GGUGCAAUUCGAUCGAAAAGCAUUCAAGAUCAUUUUAAACUCCAAAGACCGUCUUGUCUUCAUCUUCAUCUUCGUGGUCUUCUUGUUCUCAUAUGAAACAGUGAAUUAGUUCGAUCUUUCUUUAAAAAGAAAAAUAACAUAAAAUUCUUUGAUUCUUCAUAAGAUCUUGUUCGGUUUUAAGUAAUUUCUUAUUUCAAAAGAAAAGAAGAAGAGACAAAAAGAAAUUACAAAAACCAAGAAGAAAACGAAAAAAAAAAAACAAAAGUGAAGAGAAAUUUUCCUGCUCAUUGUAAACGCGAAACGAUCGACAGAGCAGAAACACGACACUACUACGACAGCCUAUUCUAUAACGGAGUACGGACGCAAAACGCGAACGCCAUCGAUCGUCACGGUAAACAGAAACACGCCAAGCAAAAGCACUACUAUCGUAUCGUAACGCGGCAAGAAGGUGCGGUAGCACGUCUCGCGUCGUCGUAUAGAAGAAGCAGAAGCAGAGUGUGUAGCAGAAGAAGUAGAAGCAGAAGCAUAAGCAAAUAUACUCAGUACAGACUUCAGAUUUACGAAGAAGCAAUAGCAGCAAAAAUUUGAAAAUUGUUAGUAGUUCUAGUGGGUCUGUGAAAGUGUAUAGGCGUCACGAUCGUACUCUGUCCGAAAAGUCUCUAAACCCUUCCUUCGUCCCAUCGUAGUCUUCAUUCGUUCACCAUUCGCAUAGCUGUUAUAUAGUUUUCGUGUUUAAUUACACCUUAUUAACACUUUUAUAGUACCGUAAAAAGUGAGGAAUAUGUCAAAUCAGUGCAGAAGUUGCGGUCGUGACCUUAACAACAAUUACAUUCCGUAUGCAAAUGCGUACGCAAGUGCGGGCAAUUCCAGUGGUGAUCGCGAGUCGUCAAUAUCGUCAGCAACGUCGUCGUCUUCGUACAAUACCAGGUCAUCUGCCUCGAACAGCAGUAGCCCGAUGGGGAAAUUGUCACAAAUGGCCAAUGCCGCGUCACAAUCAGCGUCGGCGAUGUCAUCGACUUCUGGUUUGGUAACCCAAACCCAGCUGACUGCUAAGGUGAUGUUCGGCACAGUGGGGGCCAUAAAGGAGCUCCGAGAAAAAGAGAAAUCUCGCCAGACCACAGCACGUGCCAGCGAUCGUAGGAAUUGACCACGUCUGUACGUACGCUCAUAGGAUUUUAGAUUAACCCUUGUUUAUAAUAUUGCGAGGACUAUAUAUGUAGUUAUUUGGGAUACUUUUUCGGGCCUUGACUAUUGGCUCAAGACCUAGCUAAAUGGGAAUGGCAAUACAGAGAAUAAAUCGUAGGCCUUUCUCCGCCGCACACCGAGAGAGAGACUAUGUUAUUUGUUUUUGUUUUUUAUUUUGUUUAAAUAAUUAAAUAAAUAUAUAUAUGCAAUAAUUAUAUAAUAAUAUUUACCUAUACAAAAAUAUCAAAUAUAUAUAAAUAUAUACGUAUGUUAUAUACACAAUUUAUACAUUUAUUUAUUUAUAAUAAUUGUUUAUUUUAGUUUAAGAACAAAAAUUAUGAAUUUAUUACAUUUAAUUGUUUACACAUGAGAAGAAUAAUUGUGGUGGAUAUUUUUUCAAUUCACUGCGUCUUUAAAAAUAAACGUUUUGUUUGAAAAUAAA